AUGCCCGGAAAGAAGAAAUCCAAGUUUAAAGUCUUCAAGAGCUUCUUUGGCAAGAAGAAGAAAAAAGAGCCCGAGGAUGCCUGGGGAGGGAGGAAGCUAAAACCAAGCCUGUCCACCAGCAACAUCAACAUCUCUGCUCUGAAGCCAGUUCAUGAAGAUCAGACUGAGCCUCGGGCCAAGAGCAACAUGGGGAGCAAAGCCCUGUCCCAUGACAGCAUCUUCAUGAUGGAUCCUGAGCCUGCAAAUAAAAUCUACCCCUCUCCAGAGCUCCAGAGAGGCAGAUCUCUGCAGAGACCUUAUGUUUCCAGAACUCUGCCUAGAACCGGGACUAGUAGUCUGCAUCGUAACUUUGGAGUUACGUUUGGACCUAUGCUCCCAUAUGUACCCAGAAGUGCACUUUGGGCCGGGGGAUCCGACAUCGCUGAGAGCCCAUCACUGCUGCCACGCCAACGAAGCAUCAGCCCACCUCUUAUCCGUUCUGACACAAUCUCUAAGGACUUGGAGGAAAUCUCUGUUGAUGAGGAGUCACCUGAGAGCUCACCAAAGGACGUUUCAGAGCAGAUCUUGACAAUGAAGAAGAUAUUUGGAGUUUCUCAGGAGCGGGAGGUGCUCUGGGCUGUGCCUUUGAGGUGUAGCAAAGGCGACGGCGGGAAGCCCAGAGAAGGCUAUUUUGAAACCUCUACAGAGGAGCUCGACUGGGAGCCCCAGGCCCGGAUGGUUUGGCAAUAG